GUUCACUCCAAAUGUACACAAGUGUAUAAGACCUUAUUUAUUUAUAUUACAAAUCAUUAAAAUUGUUGUCAAACAUAGGCACACAAAUAAUUAUAAUCAUGUAGAAAAUUCUAAUCUUUCGAUAACCAAUCAGACAUUAGAAAUUUACAGCAUCACGUUUGUUAUUAGAGUAAAUUUAAAUGUAGAUCUAAAAAUACUUUUGAUUGUAUUGAGCUGGUUUAUUUUUCCCCGAAUAGACAAACUUUGGUAUGAGGUGUGUCAACAUGUGCUUUUUGAAUCUUAAACAGAUAGGAAUGAGAGAGGAAAUUUGAGAGGAAAAUUCUCUCAUUUUCUAAACCGAAGCUAUCGUAAAAUUAGCCUUCGAGCAUUGAAAUUUCCACUCAUAAAUGAUCAAAAGCUUACAACAUAACAAAACAAACUCCUACCAAACCCUGACUCUCAAAAUUUCCUGCGAGAAUUUUCCUCUCAGUUCCUCUCACAGCAUCCUUGCAAAAUUUUUCCUUUUCCAUAGGAAUUUCUACAUUUAGUUCUGCUUUAUAUCGCGCAAGAAAAUGUUUUUGUUCUCGAAUAUUUUUGUACGCUGCAAAAGUUUUUGAGGCAUUUUCAGCCAUAAUUAGAAAGAAGAAGUAGUAAAAGGAAAUUGAUUCAAAAAGGUUGUUUCUGCUGUUUGCUCAUCAAAGAAGUAAUUGUAUUGCAUUGGAGACAAAUUGUUCGGUGCACAGGAAGCUUUCAAUCUUUACAUUAAAUAUCAUCUUUGAGGAAUUGAAUGCAUAUACCCUUAUAAACAUCGUUCAUUUUUUUGUAUACUCUCAGACGGUUACUUUACUUUCUGAAGCAGCACUAAUUACUUCCCUAAAGUCUUAAAAGCAAGUUUAUUUGCAAAAAUGCCGGUUGGUCGUGUUGCUGGAAAUUAUGGAUAUGGAGGACAUCUUACGAAUACAGGUCAUUCCUAUACGGGUAUCAAUGAGAAUAUCAUGUACAUUAGCAUCGGAAUGGCUAUUAUCAUCGCCAUCCUCAUAAUUAUUGCAUUAUUGUAUAUUCUGCGUGAAAAAUGUCAGAAACGUCGCGAGAAAAGGGCAUACUAUGUGACAGCAUAAUGAGUUCGUCCGGCGUUUCCUGAGUAUUUAUAAUUUUAAUGCUCUUCUUAUUAUUUUUUCGAAUUUUAUACAUGUGCAGUUAGCACAAUGAAGACCAUGAUACAAAUUGCUUGUUUUAUUGAGACUCGUCGGAUUUUAAUGCAUUACAUCUGUUACUCUUACUUUUAUGUUAUGGGCUUUUUCUCGCUAGCUUUCUUCUUUGGAAGGAAUAAGCUUUUGAGGUUUUUCACAUAAAAUGAACAUUUUUGCAUGUAUUCUUCAUAACGAUACUUAACAAGAGGAUACACACAUUUAGCUAGCUCUACAGUUUCUCCUAAGAGCUUUUAUAUAACUUAUUACUUAAUUUAAUUAUGAACAAAAGCACUCACGUGCUUAAUAAUUUUAAAGUUAUUAAUUUUUUAUGCAAAUUUCUCUUGUCUUACAAAACCAAAACAUACUGAAAGCAUACAAUAUAAGUGACACGAUUGAUUUAUUUUCUUGUAGCAAGAACUGAGCAGCAGCAUAAUGAAUGGUUUUGUUAUCUAACAAAGAAUCAGUUUCAAUGUGGUUCGAGACUUCUCGUUUCCAAUGCCUUCAAGGGACAAUUUAAUACUUUUUUGAUAUUAAGCAGGAAGUCAUAAAUAACAUUUUCUCAUUGUAAAUCAGGCACUGCAUAAAUAAAUUGCGAAUAAAGGCAAAUAACAUCCUUUUAUGAUUGAAAAAAGACACAGAAAUGUGAAGGCAGGAAUGUUGAAAUUUAAUGGAAGUGAUGUUGUAAAAUUCUGGCAUAAAACUGGACAGACUCCAAUUACUUUUGCAGAUUACAAGCCUGACAGACAUAAAGGAAGUUUUCAGUUGAAGUCUAUGUAUGUAGCCAGGGCUUUCAAGGAGGUCCUGGCCUCUCGAGAGAUUAGAGUUUGAACCACAGUUCCAUUAUUCGAUGCUCAAUCAUUACUGCCAUGAAGCCAACGACCUUCCUUCUAGACUCCAGAUUGAAAAGCUAUAAAAGUGGUGAUUCCGAUCAAAUCUCAUUUCAUUGAUAUAUCAAAUCAUUAAAGCACUUCCUAAAUUUCUAGCGACAAGUCCCUGAUCACCAUUAAAUCUUCAAGCAAUUCGCAUUCAAAUUUCCAUGCUCAGCUAGUAACAAUUGUGUCAUAAAAAAAUGCAUUUAAACUCGUCUUGCAAUCAGUUAUGUCAGCUGGGAUGAUACAGAAUAGCAGUUGAAAGAUAAUGUAAUCAAGUUGCAGUUAGUUGAGAAUUUAUUUCUGUUAACAGGAUCGCAUUUGCAUGCACAGAAAAAAAAAACGAUAUGAAAAAUGAGAAAGACAAUUUAUGGAUGCAAGUUUCGAGAGCAAAAUUAAAUUUAUCGUGCAAAAAAAAUUUAUAUUGGAACUUGCGAGCUUUUUUUUUGGCGCUCGCAUUUUUCAACGCGAUAAACUUCUGCGGCAAACAUGUCAAAUUGAGUUGCUUUGAACUUUUUUUCUUCCCAUUCUGCAAAAACAUUUUUCACAAUAAUAAAAAAAUUGACCAAUGACAUGUAUACAGAGACACAGCACAAUAUGCAGACCAUAUAUCAUCUUGGAAAUAAUUCAUGAGAAACUUUAUUUAUGAUGAAAAGUAUGCAUCAGGAACUUCUGUAAUAUUAAGGCAGAGACAUAUGAAAGAGCAACACAUGCCCAUUGUUAAUGUGGUUUAAUAUCUCAUUUUAAGGCAACGAAAAAUAACAAAACAAGAAGAAAAAAAUUUGUCUAGCUGUAAACAGCAUGUGUCUUUUACCAAUAGCACGUUCAUAUCGUUAUAACGUUCAUACAAUAUCUGUCUAUCUAUCUAUCUAUCUGUACAUGUAUUUAACUUUAUAGAAUAUCCAUUGAAAAUUUUUGGAAUAACAAUUUUAAGUAAAAAGAGAACUUGUGGAACAAUUUUUUUGAAUCACAAAACUUUUACUUCAUCCACAUCAAUUUUUAAUCAAUUUUUUUCCAAUCUCAAAUUAUAUUUUGGGAAGUAAUUAAUCGAUGGUUAACUCUGCAUAAAGUAACAAAUAUUUAUAGAAUUGAUAUUAAAGAAAAAAAGAAGAAUUUAAAAAGUUUUUGAAUCUUUUGAUGGAUUUUGUCAGGACAUUGGAAGUUGAGAAUAGUUGAGUUUCCCUAAUGCAUUCUUGGCAUUCAGCCAAGUUAGACAAAUAAUAUUCACAUUACUGAUUCAGGUUGUGUAAACAUGUUUAUAUCCUUUUGAAUUGUUAACAUUCUCGUUGUCGCUCAAGGAUUAUUAAACUAUUUGAUAAUCAGCAAUUCAUUGUUCGACGACAAGUUUAAUUUGUUGGCCAUUAGUUUGCAGUAUGCAUCUAAUUAGUAUUGAAAUCGAGACAGUGGAAUAACAAAACUGCAAAUAGUAAAUGUUUGCUUAUUCAACUGCCUUUCUUGCCUCAAAAGUUUUGCAGGAAAUCACAAACCAGAUAGUACUAAGAAAUUGAUCAUCGAGGUUAAUUUAAUGAAUCCCGACAAAAUUUAUCUAAAGUCAAACGACAUUUUUAUGAUCAAAACUGAAUAAGAAGAUUGGAGGAACUUCAAAUUGUUUGUUUUCGUGUAGCAUUUUAAGUACGAUUGUGAUUUUUAAUUAUUAAAACGAGGAAAUUAAAUAAAAGCAUCGGAAAUAAUUAAAAUUUAUGAUUUCUUUAUAGGAAAUAAAUUAGAAUUAAAUCUGGUUUUGACAUUUCUGUUAAUCUUCUUAUUAUUAAUUAAUGUUAUUGUUACUAAAAUAAUAAAGAUUGUUUACAUGAAAAAAGUCUGUUAUUGUAUUUUUGUAAGGGUCGAGUUUAAGGUUCUGUUAAUGUCAACGGUUAGAGAAAGUAAAUUUAGAUUGUAUUGUGAGUGUUGAUUUUAGAUUAGAAUUUAUGGCAUAAUUAAAAAUAAAAGUCAGAAACUUCAACCCUGUGACUGUUGCCACAAAUACACAAGAGGAAUCAAGCAUCCACUUUGUGGUGAUUUAAAGCUGUCUAUGUGUUUUUGCCAAGUUAAUUAAAAUGCUGUAAACUUUUUUAAGCUUAAGAAAAUCACGUAAUUUAAUUAAAUACAUGAUUCAAGUUCCAUCACUUCCUCCAAGUCAAAAAAAAAACUUCCAAGACUUCAAUUAAGAAAAGUUUUUAUUUUGUGUAAAUAACCAGCACAAAACAAGCAAAACAACGUAAGAAUUAAUUAACAAGCAUAAAUUUUCCAGCCUCCAGCAUUAUGAUGCUGAUGUGCUUAGUCACCGAUGAACAAGAAAUCUCUAAAAUACACAGUCAACUUUUCUGUUUUGUACUGAAAAUUAAUAUGAUUAUUUUGGAACUUUUUCUUGUAUUUGGUAUUGAUUGACACGUGGAACGAUAAUGAAGCUUUAAUAGGAAAUGCUUUGCCAUGAUUUAAUGGAACUUCGCAGUUCAAAAGAAUUGCGGUCAAUUUUUCUUAUCUGUAAAAGUCAUUUUGUCGUGAUUCAAUUUUCCUAAAAUUUUUACUUCUUCGUGAUGUAAAACUUGAUAGAAAUCCUGUGAAAGACUUACGUAAGCAUUCUAUCCAUAAACUUGGCACAUAAAUUGAACGAAAAAAUUGACUUACAGUUCAAUGUCUCUUAAUAAAUAUUCGAACAAUUUUAGCUGUAUUUUUGGGUGGAUAUCUAUGAUAUUAAGAACUAAGCUUGAGUUUCUGAAGAAAACUCUCAACACAAAAGAUCAAAAAUUGAUAUUCAACCUUAAAAAUUGCUGUGCACAUCUCCAAAUCAUCUGAUAAUGGCGCAAUCUAUUCACGACCUGACAUACAUAAAUCACUAUGCUUGGAAAUUGACAUCGAUGAACAAUCAAUGUCGACAGUUUAAUCAGAUGGAAGAGAAAUGACGAAGAUAUUUUUGAUUAUAGAAGAAUUUUCAUUAUUUUUGUACUUGAAGAUUCUUGAGCUUGAGGCAAUUUCCAUUUCCAAUUUUUUAUGCAUUUGAUAAGGAUUUCCAUUACUUUAAUUAAUUUUUUAUUGCUUCAUACCAUUUUCUCAAACCAUUCAUUAAUUCUCACCAGAUUACAGAGUAAUGGAAGUAAAUUUACAUAAAAUUUUACGUGUUCGGAAUUGUUUACAUCCGACAAUUUUAUUCAGAAUCAAUUUACGCAUUUAGACUGGCAAUAACAGCACAACACAAUAGACAUAGAUCUUUGUCACAAAGCUCCUUGUCAAAGGUUCAAUAAAAGAAGGAACGAUAAUAAAGGAAUCAGAUAGAAAAGAAAGCAAUCUCGACGUUCUUUUUGUCAAUCAAGGAAGCAAAAUUAUUAACCUUAAUAUUGAAGUUCCAAUAUUUUUCCUUCCUUAUUUAAUAUCCAUUGAGUUUAUGGAAUAUCCAACAAAGAGAAAAAUUAUCUUGAUGUUAGUUGGCAGUAAAGCUGUUCGAGUGUACUUGAAAAAAUGCAGCAUAAUUAGAGGAAAAACAAUAGAAUAAGAAACGACAUUUGAGGGUGCUUUAUAAAGCGUAAUGAAAUCUACUCACUUGGAAUACUUAAGAAUGUUAUUUAUGCAACACAUAGAAUAAUAUUAGCUGUAUAACUCUGACUGUACUUUUAUGUAAUUAUUUUUUAAGGAACAGAACAAAAAUUAACACACAUUUGAAAUUAAAAUGGGAAAUAAAU